UUAGAAGUAUACUGAAAAAUAUAGUAGAGUAUUAUAUUUAUUUUAAGGCUUACUUUUUUACAAUAUAAAAAUACUAAAAUUAAUUAUCCCUUUUGACAUUUCAAACUCAUUAAUUUUUUUUAAGUACCUGCAUAUACAUGCGAAAAGAGGUUUAAUUUAAUUUGUUAUUUUAAAUGCACCGUACCUUAAUUGUGCAGCCUUGAAAAGGUCAAAAGGCAUCAACCCUUCAUUUUCUCCAAUCAAUUGGAUUGCACCCACAAAUUACGCCUUGAGUUUUCCAUCUUUGUCUCAAAAUAUUUCCUUACACAUAACCUAAGCCAAUCAAUCAAUGGCUCUGUUUUAUCAUUCCAUGUUGUAGUUUGAGUUCUGUCUCUUCCAACAUCCCUUCAAUCCUCAGAUAUAUCGUUUGGAUUAGCUAAGGAACAACAGAAAAACACGUACAAUAUACACAUAUUUGCAAGCACAUUGUAAUUUGUUUAUUUAAGGAAGUGAGAGAAGAGAAAUGGCCUUUACAGGAACAUUGGAUAAAUGCAAUGCAUGUGAUAAGACUGUGUAUGUGGUGGACCUGUUGUCCCUUGAGGGAGUUUCUUAUCAUAAAUCUUGCUUUAAAUGCAGUCACUGCAAGGGAUUCCUUUCGAUGAGUAGCUACUCCUCAAUGGAUGGUGUUCUGUAUUGCAAGCCACAUUUUGAACAGCUUUUCAAGGAAUCUGGAAAUUUCAGCAAAAACUUUCACACAGCAAAGUCUUCUGAAAAAUCACAUGACACGAGCAAGAACUCAAACAAACUCUCAUCACUGUUUAGUGGAACCCAAGACAAAUGUGCAGUGUGCACGAAAACAGUCUAUCCUCUUGAAAAGGUGACACUGGAAGGAGAAUGCUACCACAAGACCUGCUUUAGAUGUGCUCAUGCAGGGUGUCCUCUCACUCACUCCUCCUAUGCUGCUCUUGAUGGUGUCCUGUAUUGCAGGCACCACUUUGCUCAGCUUUUCAUGGAGAAAGGUGAUUACAACCAUGUCAAGCAAGUCACUGCUCACAAAAAGAACACUACUUCUCAUGAUCAGCCGGACCACCCUGAAAAUGGCUCUCACCCAGAUGAACAUCCAUCUCAGGACCAGGACCAGGAUGACACUAAACAUGAAGAGGAAGAUGAGUAAUCUUGAAUUGAGUUCAAAUGAAGCAAAACCAUGAAUCAUAUAUUUGUCUCCCUGAAAAUUCUCAAGUAUAUUUCCUGUACAGUCAGUUCUGCUUUUCUUCGCUUCACUUCUCUCGUCCAUCUUCUUCUCCUUUUCAACUUCUGAACCAUUCAUGUUAAACUUUAAUGGUCUGAACUGUACUAAUUAUGCAGAAGAGGUAAAUAUGAGAGGAUGAAGUGGAAAGAAGCUUGAUUUUUGUGAAGUAGUGCAAAGAGCCAUUGAAUGUUACUAAAGUGAAUGUGUUUCAGUACAUUUCAACACCUACAAUAUCCACUUUUAGUGAAUGUAUUACAGGCUUGUUUGUACAGCUUGCUAGUACAUCAUAUACACUUGAGGAUUUACGAUACCGCAAUUUUUUUCGAGUCUUUAUGUUUGGUGUUGCCUGACCUUUGGCUUGUAAUUUUGUAUUUUCUUUAUCAGUGAGGAUAAAUGUAAGAUCUAAUGUAAUAAGGACAGAGGAGAUGAAUUGAUCCUUCUUCCUCUAUUUUCGCUCCUGACGUGAUGUAAAAGUUAAUACCAAAAUUUAUUGAAUAUAUAGGUCAUGUAUCGUUUUGGUUGUGAUGAUUCUUAAAACACCCAUUUGACAAUCGAAUUUAUGGGCAUGAGACUCCUUUAACAACUAGGAAAUUUCCAGUGCCAUGUAGGGGAUUAGGAAAAAGAUAAUCCCUUUUUUCUUUCUUUAAUUUUU